CUGCUGAUGUAAUAUUUGAAGCAAAUAUACGUUUGCCCCAGGUUUCAACAGAAAGCAGCAAAAACUAGGCAAAAGCAGAAACCUUUCCAGAAAGCAUUUUCAGAUUUGAUUCCUCUCCGCCAAUCUAGGCACACUUCUAGAUACCUGAGGUGUUUUCAACUUGUGUGCAGUUAGGUGUGAGUCAAACUAUUUGAAGGUAGAGGGGUUAAAGGUGAGGCUGCAGAACUGAUCUUUUUUUCCCCAAUGAUGUAUCUCCAGGAAGUGGUGCUGUUUCUGACUGCAUGCAUUGGUUUAUCAGCAUGCAACCGUGUUUAUGUCCAUCCCUUCAACCUAUUUGCUUACAACAAAAGUGAAUGUGAAAAAUUGCAGUCACUAAACCACACUAUUGAGAAAAUGUUCAUUCCAACCCCUAUUGACUCAAAAACCAAGACUGAAGAUAAAAGUUUAAAAGUCAAAACACAUCUAGAAAAACACCAACUUGGCAACUCAGAGAUGGUAUCAACACUGACGUCACUAAUAAAUAAUUUGGGCUUUCGAGCUUUUAAACAAUUGAGGGGAAUACAUAAGAGUGAUUCUGGCCUGAUAUCCUACACAAAUUUGUAUGGGUCAUUGCUGUCUUUUUAUCUUGGUGCCUUGGGCAACACUUCGGCCAAUUUACAGACUUUGUUAGGAUUUGUACAAUCAGGAGCCACAAACUGCAGUACUAAUGGCCUAAAAGUUGCUUCUGGACUGAAAAGCAUCGACAGCCUUCUCUUCUCUAAAGAUGCCAACAUUGAAGCACUGAAAACAACAUGCAUAUUUGUCUCUCCAACCGUCUUUUUGUCAGAAGACUUUGUUAAUGACUUGACCUCAUCUGCUGAUCAUUUUUAUGUAAGGUCUGUAGAUUUCACAGAUUCCAUCAAUGCAUUAAAUUCAAUAAAUGAAUUCUUGGGAGAACGACUGUCAAAGAAAUCUGGCUUGUCGUCUAUAGACGCAACUUCUAACUUCAUGUAUACCAGUCACAUUCACUUUAAAGGUAAAGUGAGUAAGUCUUUUUUAAUUCCGGAACUUCAACAUUUCUGGAUUGAGCCAAACAAGAAAAUCUUGGUUCCCAUGAUUUCAGUAACUGGAAUGUUUCCGUUCAGGGACGACACCAUUGCAAAUCAAAUAAUAGUAAAGAUUUCUCUUAGUGAAAAUGAUUUCUUGUUGCUGGUCCAGCCAACCAAUGGGAAUACCCUUGAGAACAUAGAGUCUUCUCUAACAUUGAAUACAUAUUCAAACUGGUUGAACAGUUUAACCAAUAGGUACAUUACUUUAUCUUUACCAAAGCUGGAAAUAGAAAGCUCUUUGGACAUUCAAGACCUUCUUACCAGUAUGCAACUUUCAGAUCUCCUUAGGAAAAAGGCAGAUUUUAGUAAAAUAAGCAAAGAGGAUAUAAACGUGGGAAAGGUUAUAAAUACAGUUCAUUUUGAACUGGAAGAUAGUGCUGCAGAUCCCAAUGAUGUACAAAAUGUCCAGAAGAACGACAAAGAAUCGCUGACAGUAACCUUUAAUAACCCAUUCAUUGCCGCCAUGUUUGAAGGAACUACCAAGGCAUUGCUUCUGAUAGGAAGAGUUGGAAACCCAGUGCACACAAUUUAAUUUUUUAAUCAUUUUGACCAAAUAGUGAAGGUGAAUGAACACAGUUCAUAAAAACACUAUACAAAGAGAUAAAUUGAGAGUAGCUGUCUAUACUAACAAACUCAUUUAUUACUGAUAAGCACAGUAUGCCUUAUAUCAGGGUUAGAGUGUAUCACUAAGUGUGUAGUCAAAUAAACAAACAAACACAAAGCUGUGCAUUUGUACACAAAAUGUUAUCCUUUUAUUGUUUUUUUUUCCUGUUGGCGUAUACCUAAAUGUUUGGAUGCAGACAGUGAAAACUUAGUCAUACUCUACAGCAAAAAGGCUUCAGAAAUCUGACUAUCAUAUCCAUUAAUACAUAAGAGUUUGAAUUUUACAUAUACCCAAGUUUUCAACAAAGUGAAAUAUAAAAACAUGCCAUGGUCAGUGCUAGGCAGACAUCCAGUUUAUAUUUUUUUUUAUCAAGCAAAGUCCAUUGAGAAGGCUGCAUUGGAAAGGUGUUUAGAUUAGGCUUGGUAGGUGGGAUUUGAUUUAGGAGGAGGGACAGGUUAGUGGACCUUACCUCCAUGUACCUAAUGGCAGGGUCCACUAAUCAGUAACUUCAAAUGAGCCACAUGUACAGUAAUUGUCCUUAGGAACAUUGAUACACAGUAAGCAUCAGUACUUGUCUAAAACAUGUUCCCUCUUGCUGUACAAUCAUGCAGAUUCCAGUGCCUUGCGGGAAUCAUGGUCACAGCCAGCAUCAACCUCUCAUUGGGGCACUUACUUGUUCAGUGAAUAAAGUUAUUCUAAUUGUUAAA